AAGUGGCACCAUUGCAGAAAAAGGCCACCAUGUGGCUUGGAGAAAUGUGUCUUCUGUAAAUGAUGCUUGUCACAUAUUUUUGUUUGCCCCCUGGACGGUCGCCUGCAUUUCCAUUUUCCCCAUAGAAUUUUUUCUUUUUAUUCAGCAGAUGAAAGAACGAAACGCCUGUAGAAAACUAAUGGAAAAGUUAGCUGUGGUUUUUAUUGAUUGCUUUUCUAAAUAAGUGCAAUCAUUUUUGUUUAAAAAAAAUUAACUACAUUUUAUCAGCAUAAAACACAAAUUCGCAGUUAGUUUUAGAUAUAUUUGAACGAGGAAAUAAAAUAUAAAUUUUAAAAUUAUGAAUCACUCAUUUUUUUAAAAAUAUGUACAUGGGAAAUUUAUUGAUGAAAAACUGCAGGAACCUUACUUUCACAGCAAUUUAAACUGCAGUGUUUUUGUUUUAUGAUAUACCUUUAAGUAAUGCAAAAUACCCUAGGCAUGCAUCAAAGUACUGUAUGUCUUUUUCCUAAAUUCUGCCCAAGGAGAGCAGAGGCAUUCAUGUUCCACACAGGAGAACAGCAUCUAACACUUCUUUUGCAGAAGCAGGGGGAUUCUAGGAAGAACAACAGAACCUGAAUGUUUGAUGCACAGCUGAUGCUUUGGAGGAUUUCUGUUGCAAACCUUUGUUCUUGGGUUUUUUUUCUUUGAUCCCGAGUGCAAACAUGUGAGAUACAAGAAGAGUGCAGCAGUGAGGAAUUUGAGUGUGUGUGCUGGUGUGAUGUGAAUCUACUGCUUUGAAGAUCAUGGGAGAUACAAUGGAAUUUGUAUGAUAAUGAUGCCACUUAAAAGAUUAAUCACACAUAAGCCUGUUCACCGUCAUCGUCCUCCCUGCUAGUUCCAGAGAGUCAGUGUAAGGUUAGGAGUGUUAAUGAACAUCGGCUUUGCUCUGCCACCCUUUUAUUCAAAGACUUCCCAACCCUCACUUAACUCUCAAGGAACCAGUGUUCGUUUAAAAUAUAAUGCAGUCAUUAUGUGGAUCUGUUGAGGAAGCAUGACAGCUGUUUUGGAUUGGAUUUUAAUACAGUCAAAACAGAGAUUAAGUAACAGUUCAGAGAGGGAAGCUUGCUCUGGCAGUAAUGAAGGGUAUUUCAGAUCCAUGCUUUAUAUUUUGCUUUCUCAGUGGAAAUGCUGCCGGUGCUACCCCAUUCUGGUGCCAUUUCUGUUUUUGUGUUCGAACGGCUACUGAUCAGCUGUGACUUGUGUUCUCUUAUUUUUGCUCAUCUCACUGUGUUUCUCUCAUUCCCUGUUGGUCAAUUGCCUUCCAUUGUGACCUGGUGUGUUUGCGUGGGCGGAGUGAGUACUGUUCUCUGCGGGCGGCCGUCCAGAGUCACACAGACUUCCUGUCUUGCAUGAAUAGGCGAGCCAUACUGGAAUGCGCUCCUACAUUUACAAUAAGAACUCUGUGAUUGGCUCGCAGGCAGAACACUGUGGGAUGCGGACAUAUUUCUUCAGUGCGGACACGCAGGAGGACAUGAAUGGUUGGAUAAGGGCCAUGAACCAGGCUGCACUGAUGCAGCAGAGUCACACUGUAAAGAGAGAGUUGGAAAGGCCAGAGAAGACUGCACAGCAAGCAGUCCCACAGACAAACCACAUUCACAUCACCCAGAACUCCUCUCAGUCAGAGAAACUUCUCAGAACAGACAGGCAGGAAGCUCAGGAUAAAGGUAUCCGGCUGGCUUAUGAGGACGAGGCGAGGUACAGGCUGGAGAUCCAGGGAAAACCCAGUCAGUCUGCCCCACAAGAAAGAGCAGAAAGACAGUCUCCUGACUCCAUCAAUGGUGUCACUCAGAAGAACACAAAGCCAGCCGUGAUCCAAGUGGCUCUUCCACCGGAGCAGAACGGAAAUGUUGUCUUUCAGAGAGGUUUUGUUUCAAGGACAGAUACUGGAAAGCAAGUUCAGAGGAAAAAUGCGCUGGCUCAGGUGGAACAGUGGGUCAAAGUUCACAAAGGGGAGGCGCCAAAGAGUACCCCCUCUGCUGAGUACAACCUCCCACGGCGGACGCCUCCAUUAAAACCCAAAUCCAGCACAGUGGAAACCACCUACCAGUCAUUGCCAAAGUCCCAUCGUCUUCCAUCAGGCAGUAGCUCUCCUCCACUAACAUCUAACCUUCCCAGUGACUAUAAGUACGCCCAUGACCGGCUCAGUCACUUUCGAAUGUCUUCCGAUGAUCGAAUGGCCACAAAGGAGGGGAUGGUGUGGCAGCUGUACGAGUGGCAGCAGCGGCAGCAGUUUCGGCAUGGCAGCCCCACCGCUCCUAUUUACACCGGGCCAAACUUCACCGACUCCUCGUCUUUCAGAGUCACUGUAGAGAUGCCGCGCUCCAUCUCUGUCCCUCCAUCACCGUGUGAAGUGCCACCAUCGGUGCCCUCCUCAUUCAAGCCCCUCUCUCCUCGAAGGCCGCACACUCCUUCAGACAGACGCACAAUUAGACCCCUGGAUGACAUGUGCCCCGGCGAUAGCACAAGAUCAAGCUCCCCUGGCCAUUUUUGCACACAUCUCUUCCAGACUUCCCAAAUUCAGAGAAGGUCUGUGCCAGCCAUGGGAUACAUCACACACACUGUCAGUGCUCCCAGCUUGCACGGCAAAACGCCAGAGGAGCUGACUCUGCUCCUCAUUCAACUUCAGAGGCACCAGGCCAAGCUGGCUGGUGUACAUAGCCCCAGCAAUGCAUUUGCACACCUGCAGCACCACCAGCACACCGGCCUACUGGGCCACAGCAUGCAGGCUGAUGAUACUUACAUACAACUGAAGAAGGACCUGGAAUAUCUAGAUCUGAAGGUCACAGGACAUGAGAGUUUAAAAAAAGACAGAUCGAGACCUGUGAAAAUAGCGGAAAGUGAAGCUGACGUGAAAUUAAGUCGACUUUGUGAACAAGACAAGAUUCUGCAGGAGCUAGAAGCCAGGAUUUGCACUUUGAAGGAGGACAAGGACAAGUUGGAGACAGUGCUGGAUGUUUCCCAUCAACAAAUGGAGGAGUACAGAGAUCAGCCCUCUCAUGCUGAGAAAAUUGCCUAUCAGCAAAAACUGCUACAAGAAGAUGUGGUCCACAUCAGGGCUGAAAUAUCUCAAGUCUCCACAGAGAUGGAGAACGCAUGGAACGAGUACAGCAGACUGGAGAGGGAUGUUGACUGGCUGAGGUCUGGCCUGCAGGGACAGCUGAACCGCAUUGAUCUCACCCAGCAAGAAAAAGCCCAGAUCAAGAAGGAGCUGCGAAGGAUUGAGGAUGUUAUCGCUGGCCUCAGCACCAAUAAAGCCAACUAUAAAGUCACCAUCUCCUCUGUUACCAACCCAGAGAGGAAAUUUGUGCCUUCAGUGUCAGUGCCUUCAGUUUCUUCACUGUCUGGAAGCCCAUCUGCUAUAGAGAUGAGAUUGUCCCAGCAGGAGCAGCAGCAGACCCCAAGCAUUCACAGCAACACCCUUUCUUGUAAUCUCAGCCAGCAACCAUUACAGCACUCUGCAACCACCUCCAGUGGGUUUAAAUGGAGUGAGGAAGAUGUACCUCCUAGACCUCCUCUACCUCAGCUCUAUAGUCCUGAAGAGCAUCCUCCUGCUGUGCCACCGUUGCCUAGGGAGACCACAGUCAUCAGACACACGUCUGUACGCGGCCUCAAACGACAGUCAGAUGAACGGAAAAGGGACAGAGAGAUUGGACAGUACACAAACGGGGACAGUAAGGUGGAACUCAGGCCUUUCUUAAGUGAUCCGGAGCUCAUGGGAGCUGGUGAUGGCUCCAGCCACAUAAGUGUUGCACUACCUAGGCACGAUGGAGGUUACCAGACAUUACCCAGUAGAGGAUCGGCUGGCUCCUCACUACGAAUGAAUCAUUCUUCAAGUAUCUCCUCUUAUGUGACUCUCCGGAGAUCAGCCUCAGCAGCUGCAAUGAAGGAGAAACCAAAAAGUGCCUUGGAGCGUCUGUACUCUGGGGAUGUAGUGCAGCAGCAGAGGGGGAAGAUGAGCGCCGAUGAACAACUGGAAAGAAUGAAGAGACACCAGAAGGCCCUCGUCCGCCAGCGGAAACGCACUCUGAGUCAUGGAGACCGGCAUGCAUCUUCAUCACCGCGCGCCUCUUCCUCACGCCCACUUUCAGCCGACUUGGGAUCAUGGAAGAGAGAGCAGGAGUUUGACCUGCAGUUGCUUGAGCGAGCCGUUCAAGGGGAGGAAGCUCAGAUUGUUAGGAGUGUCCAGGGAGCGGAGAAACCUCCUGAACACAAAGAGAGACAGCGCUCGCACUCUGAUGAAUGGCUGACUUUCCGCUUCUUCACCACCACACCUCCCACCCAGGAGGCUGACUUAGAGCCACUGGACUACGAGCUGGAUCUCAGUAAAGAGUUGUCCAAGCCUCAGAAGGUUUUGAUUCCAGAGCGUUACGUGGAUUCAGAGCCUGAGGAGCCACUCAGUCCUCAGGAAGUGGAAGAGCGCCAUAAAAAGGUUGAGCGUAUUAAAAGCAUACUGGCAAAGUCAAGCAUGCAGAACAUAGCUCCAGCAGUGUCUGCGGACAAACCUGAGGAGGAGCCGGUGACCCUGGAUUCAGCUCUGGAGGAGCAGGAGAGGCUCAUCACCAUGUCCUAUGCUCUCGCCUCUGAAGCCUCACUGAAGAGCAAACUAGUUGCAGUUCCACCUCAGGUUAACUUGCCCACCCCUCCUCCCCCGCCCCCUCCUCCACCUCCUCCUCCUCCUCUUCCUCCUGUUUCUGUGGCACCUCCUUCUCCUCUAAACAACGGAAUUCACUACACGUUUGUGUGACGGGAAAGUCAAACUCAAGCUAGUUCCGGACACUGAGGUGCAAGUCCAACAUAUUGGGAAACCAUUGGAUCAUCUGAAACCAGGGAAUUCAGUUGACUGGGACAUCUCUAUAUUCAGCAAUAAAUAAGUGGUAGUCAAUAUUUAAUUUAAGGCUAACAAAGAAAUGAUCUUACGUGAUGUGUUUCUAACUCCUGAAAGCUUUGUCUUCCUGGGAAAAACAAGCAGCGGGACUGAAAGCACCUAUUUCUGGAAAAGCUAUGCUAAGAUAAUAAAGACUCUUUUAAAAGUUUUUUUUUCCACUGAGAAGUUUCGGGCAGCAUCAUGUUUUCCUAAAAUGACUCAACUGUUUUUUGUUAUUGUGACUUUUCAACUGGAAUUGUUGUUAUUCUCCAGGUACAGAAUGUAAAAAACAAGAGUAACUAAAUGCAUCAUGAAAAUUAUUUUUUUCUUUACUUAGAUUCUAUCAGUCACCCAGAUCUCUUGUUUAUAUACUGAACCUGGAGCACUGCCUGUAUCAUUUAGGCUUGCCAAAAUGAAUUUUAUUUUUGGGUAUAUCUGGAUGAAAUUACACUUCAUGAUAUUUUUAUGUAACUAGGAGAGAUGGGGAAAAUGGCAUUUGUAAAUGUGAAUAUUAAAGAUGUUGAAAACAUGAA